CAGAAUAUGAAUUUGCUUAAAGCGGGCAUGAUUCAAACCAAGCACCAAAAUAGGUCAACAAUUGCAAGAAAGAAAAAAAAUAUUCUCAAGUUUUCAAAGUACGUACAAACAAAUUAAAUUUCCAAGAACUAAAACUUUAACAAUACAUUCAGAUUUGUGGAAAAUGAUGCCACCACAUCUAUGCCCUUGAAAUGACCUCAAAGCGCUCACAGCUGAUAACUAUUACGUGGACGAAUAAAAGUAUGGAAGUCUUUUAAAAAAAUAUAAAUCCCCUAAACAUAUGCUGACUUUGUAUAAUUUAAAGUUUAUUCGUGUCCCGCGUAUAAUACCAGUGUUAAAAUUUAUACAUGUCAGGAAAAAUAGAAAUCCCCUUAUAUCGAAAUGCUAAAUUCUUUGACUUAAAUUACUUUUUGAAAAUGUCAGAACAAAAAAACGCAGCUUGUCAUUUUCUUCUGACUUUCAAUCUGUUACCUUCUAAAGAGUAAACUUGACCUCUGUUCUUGUUCAAAUGGAAAAGGAAAACAUUGACUCAAACAAACAAAGUUACUGUCCAUAACAACAAAAUGUCCUAUAGGCACUUGAUUAACUCUCCUAUCCCAAAAUUAAUGGUAUGUGGUUGAGCAAAACGGAUGAUCUUAUUACAUUCUUUAGUGCUGAUUGACGUAACAUGCUCAAAAUUCCUGAAACAAUGUCAAUAAAAAAAUUUAACUUGCCAGAUUUUUCAUAUGGGGAUGAGAUUGAUUAUUAUGCUGUAUCACCAACAAUAUUGCAGUUAGAUCACCAAGAGAUCGUUGAAACACACCAUUCAUCUGGCAAUCGUCUAUUGAAUGGUGAUUCAGUAACUGAGACAGCUACUACUAAUUCAAAUCUCGAUUUAGGAUUAAAUAAAGAAGCUGAUUAUCUAUUCUCAUUUGAAUUAGACACUAAUACACUUCCGUUAGAAUUAUUGAAUAAAGAUUUAGAUACUCCAGAUUUUAAUUGGACAGAUUUAUUACCCGACUCCAAUGAAUUAGUAUCUCUGGACGAUAUUAAUCCUGGUAAUUUUUCAAAAUCUAAACAAAAUAAAAAUGAGAAAGUGAAGUUUACCAAUUGUCAAAGAAAAUCUUUGAUGAAUCAUUUUAAUCCAAUACCAAAGUUUUCAUAUCAAGAGAAAACUAUUCAACAACAAGAACUUUUAUAUUCAUCAUCAUCAGCUCAUAGUUCUUCAAGUUCUGUCAAUAACCAUCAUCAUUGUCAUCAAUUGUUGAAUUCAAUGGAAAUUAAUAAUGAGUGUGAUAUGAAUGAUUCUUAUAAAACUAAUAAAAUAAUUUGUCUAAAUAAUGAAGAUUUACUAAAUGGUAAACCUGGAGAAUGCGUUAAAUUAACUUCAGAAGAAUAUAAAAUGCUCCAAAGAAUCGGUUGUCAACUACCUAUCAAAUUUCCAUUAAGUCAAACUAAUGAAAAAGCAAUACGUACUGUCAGACGAAAAAUUCGUAAUAAACUCUCUGCUCAAGCUAGUCGUGCCAAACGUCAAAGGUAUGUAAUUGACUUGGAACGUCGGUAUUCUAUGUGUACUGAAGAAAUCAAACAAUUACGUCGACAAGUAUAUGAAUUGGAGGAAGAUAAACGGAGUCUUACAAUACAUCUACGCAAAUUACGGUCUUAUAUCAAUAAAUUCAUGAAUAAACGAAGUGAAAAGUCCUAUUUACCAUUAUUCAUAAACUCCAACAAUACUGAAUUUAAUAAUAAUAAUAAUAAUAAGGUGACUGCUAAACAAGCCGCUAAAGCGGCAGCCGGUGGGACUAGUCUCUUGUUAAUGACGUUUAUGAUAUUGAUGUGGACUGCUGUAGUUCCAAUACCGUCGGUCAUAAAAACGUUAGAUACUGCAUCAUCGAUGUCUACAAAAAAUUUUUUCAGUUCAUUUCCAGGUCGGUCUCGAAUGUUGAUGAGUAUUAACAACCCUCCAGAAUUGUAUUCUUCCUCCUCCUCGUCUUCUCAAGACCUAAUUCUUAAUGAAUCAAAAACAACUUUAUCCAAUCCGGAUAUUACACCUGAGAAUACAAUUCAAUAUAUUGUUCCGAUUAGUAAGUUUAUUACACCAGUGAUUACUGAACAAUAAUGAAUAAUCUAUCAGAAAUUAAUUUACAUUUAUAACUAAUAUUUUUACACCACAAUUAUCCAUAUACAGUGCCCAAACCAAACACAGAAUCAAUAUUCUCUAAACAGUAAAUUUGACGUUAAUAAUAAAUAAUUCCAAAGAGAGAGAGAGAGAGAAAAGAGGAAAACAGUUGAAUAGAAUGAAGCAAUCAAUGAUGCUUUCAAAAAGAAAAAGAAUAAAGAAACAAAAAGAUAAAGAAAAGAUUGUCUUAUCUCUUCUUUUCCAUUAAUUUCAUUCUUAUUUAAUAUUGUCAUAGUGUAGUGAGGGAGAACGCAGGUGAGGACAACCAAAUUGUAUUUAGCACAAAAUUACAGAGUUACUUUGUAAAAUAGAAAACCAUUAUAGUAAAUCGUUAAUUUGCAAAAUAUCAUUCCAUCGUAUCAAACCGGGCUGUUGCUGUUGCAAACAUCAAUCCAUUGUCUCACAUUUCAUUGUUCAUGCGAUUUCUUACAAAUUCCAUUGUGUUCUGGCUCUUCCUUUCUUAAUCUUCCCCAUCUUCUGCUGCCAGACAUUAUGUUAUUUUAACUCACGUUAUAUACUACUUAUAUCAAUAUAAGUAGCACGCACCACAAUAGAGUCCAUUACCAUUUACAUCAUGUAUGUUUAAACAAUAACAAUGAUUAAUAAUAUUUUGAUUUAUAUAUAAAUAUGAAAAAAGUUAUUUUCUUUUUUCUUGAAAAUAAAAAUACUUCAAUUCAUUAAUUCUAUGUUGUUGUUCCGUUUUUUUCUUCUUCUUUUGUUGUUGUUUCUCUUUUACUGUCAUUAAAAAUCAGUCAGUAAAACAGGACAAUAUUGAUAGUGUUUACUUUGAAUAUUAUCUAAACGAUGUAAUUCAUAUUUUGAAAAUAAUUACAAAGUGCUUACUGAUUUACAAGCAUAAUCAAGGUUAAUAAUAAUAAUAAUAAUAAUAA